AUGGGGCUUAAAUGCGGGGGACCGGGGGUAGAACACUUUCCCGAAGGGAAAACUUCCCCCUCCCAGGCUGAAGGGCCGGUGUCUCCCUCCCGGGAAGAGCAGUUCUCCCCCACCGCGGGACGAGAGGAGCCGGUCCCGGCCCGGGUCCGAGGAGGGGGCGAGACGGGCCGGGCGAGGAGGAGGUGGACCCAGGCCACGGACGCCGAGAGCCCGGAGGCAGUAAGGGGAAUUGGAAGGGGGAACCCCAAGCGAGGAGGGCGUCGGACCCACCCCCCCUCCUGCCCAAACCCAGCCCAGCCCCCCCGGGCGGCGGCGGCGGAGCAACAGCCACCGCCACCCCAACGGGACCCGGGAGCCGGUCCCACCAGGGGCCUCCGCCGCCCCCGCCCCCUCGGGCUCCCCUCUCCCCCUCCCUCCUCAGACAACCUCGCACCUCCCCACCCGCCGCCGCCGCCGCUGCCAGCUCUGCUCCCGACCCCCCCACACGCAACCCCAGCCCCGACGGGCACCCCCCCCUCCCCAGGGGACCCGGCGCGGAGCGGGAAGGGGACCGUUACCUUCCGCCCCACCGGAGGUGCCCCUGGCCCGGGGGUGUCGCUGAGCUCGGUCCCGGGAGGAGGUUUUCGGUACUUUGAAUAA